UUUAGGAUGGAAUGCACACAUGUUGUUCCUCUGUGUGCUGGUAGGCUUAUAAAUGUGGACCAUCAGUUUUCUGAAUCCAGACCUACCUGAAGUCAGACUUCGACUUUUUAGCCAUGACUAAAACAGUGUAUGGAAGUUUUAGGCCUGUAAUGAGAGAGACCCGAAAAUAUCAAAGACACAUGAAGGGAACAUUCAUUGGACUUAUCGCAUAUGUCAUUCAAGAUUCUCCCAGCAAGAUGCUCACCUUCAAACAGAUUAUGAGUAAAAUGGAGGUUCUUGUCACUGGGCACAGGAAAGGUCUCGAAAACAACGUCAGAGUCUGUCUGUCAUCCAACAAGUGUUUUGUAAAGGUUCCCAUUGACCCGGAGUACCCGAAUGCUAAGAGGAACUUUUGGAAAGUGGAUGAGCGCAGCAUCACCCCGAGGAUGGUGCGGCGUCAUUUCAGUGACAUGGCUGAGCUUUUCCCCGGACUGCCUGCCGAAUGGAACAGAAAACCAACACCUCCACCUGCUCCCUCACCAGUCUGUCCCGGCAACAUGGAUCACCGUCCGACCAAAUUUACCGGUCCUUUUUCAAUAGAGUCGCUGUUAAAGAAGGAUCAUGUCCCUCAGGUGAAGAUCAAUAUGCAACAAGCAGCUCAACCUGUCCCCAACACUAACCCCUGCUUCCCGGAUGAGCAUUACAACAGAACAGCGACCACAGACUCACUUACAUGUUUAGACGGAGAGAACAGACAGCACAGCUGGUAUUACAGAUCAGUGGAGGAGGCCAGCUGGAGGAAGCCUGUCCAGAGGAUGGAUUCAUCUCCUGAGCUGCAUCAUGCAUUGCUGUAUUCACCACACUUUCCUUAUGAUCAGGCUGUAUUCACUAAAGUGUCGAGCUCUCCACCAAACACACACGAGCUCAGGUACAGGAAAUUGUAAAUUUCUCAGACUAAAACUUUGAGUGUUGCACUUGAAUGAAUGGAGAUAGAUGUUCAUCCUUGAUUUUUGCUUGCUUGUAUAUUUUUUUCUUUCUUUAUAACAACCGAUUAAUCGGUUUGGUUAACUCUGGUUUAUGGGAUUAGAGCAAAACUUCUUUCUUUGACUUCUCUCCCCGAUCUCUCUUUCUUUCGUGUAUAUGGCUAAGAUGAUUUUUUUUUUUUUUUUAUCACCGAAGUCGACUUAUGUUUUUAGUAAAGUCUAUUAAACAAUUGAUAUGAAGUCAUAGAACAUUAAGCAUAUUAUAUGAUGGUUGGGUCUGGGUUUUUUUUGUUUUAAAUAACACAA